CUGGACCCAACAGCGUACUCGAACAAAGUCAUCAUCCCACCUUUUAUAUCCGAACACCCACACUACAAGAGCCUAGGCAAACCAGUGGAUCCCCCUCCCCCUCGCCCAACUGCCGACAUCCGAACCCAUGCUUGACUUCAUCAAGAAGCACCAACGGACUCCACACCAGCCCCGAACCACGUAGUACUCUUGUCUCUUCAAUCCCAGGAACAUAAAUCCGCCCUCCCGCCCUCGUUCCCUUCCCCUUCCGCAUAUUGUCCCCUACAAAGAUACUUGCAACAACGCAACGGCCAAAAAAUGGACCCCAUCUCUCCACCCCCGCAACUCACCCACCUCUUCACCCUGCGCUGCGCCGUCGACCCCCCGAUGGAGAUCGGCCCCGGCCCUUACGGCCGUCGCCGCUGCGUCCCCAUCAAAUCCGGCACCGUGCGCGGGAAUUUCCUCAAUGGGGAGGUCGUCCCCGGCGGGGCGGAUUUCAUGCUCGUCGAGGAGAAUCAAACCACGCAUGUGAAUACCAACUACGUGAUUAAGAGUGAUGACGGGGCGUUUAUUUAUAUUCGGACGGAGGGAACCCGCUCCGGUCCUCCGCAAGUCCUGAAAGCUCUCAUGGAAGGCGACGAUCAGGUUGACCCCGACCAGUACUGGUUUCAUUUGCAUAUCAAGCUGGAGACGGGUCACGAGCGGUACCGUUGGAUGAAUAAUAGGGUCAUUGUGGGGAGGGCGACGCGCGCGAAGGGGGAGGUUGCGUACGACGCAUAUUUUCUGGAGAACAACUAGUUGAAUCACGUUGCAUUAGCAGGCUCGGAGCCUGAGCUUGGAAGGUCUUGCACAUGAUUUAUGUGGAAUGAAAUAGAUGAUUUUGAAGAG